AACCCCUUUGAUGUUUAUGUUAUGUGAAGAUGUCGCGAUAUACAGGGGACACUCUGACACGUUUGUUAUCGCUGUUAUCAAAACUGCAGGGCGGAAAUCUCUGGGCACUCCCAACAAGUAGUGGUCCAAGCGGUAGAAUUACAACAAAAACUAAUCCGCUGAAAACUCCGCCCAUCUUUCAUUCCCUGUCGCGGACUGGCGGAAUUUAAGAUCACUCAAUAGUAAACUGGUUACCAUGGACUUUAGCUUGUCAGUCAGUAUCCAUGAGGACAUUAUUAUUUUGUUGGAAUGGUAGGUAAUAGGAAGCUAUCUCUAUCAAGGUGGUAUCGGAAAUUAAUUUAGGGAACAAGAAGGGAGUUUACAGGCUAAUUAUUUGAACAGUCAGCAUCCGUGCACUUACAAUGGCUCCAAGGAAGAAUUUCAGAAACCAAGCCAAAAAAGAGGUGAAGCCUGCAGCAGUGGUGAAUAAGAAUGGUGUGAAAGUGGAGGCUUCUGUUGCUGCUAGUGGUGGUGGUUUUAGCGGAACAAAGAUCUUCACCUGGUUCAUGGUGCUGGCCCUGCUGGGGGUUUGGAGCUCUGUGGCCGUGGUGUGGUUUGACCUGGUGGACUACGACAAUGUCAUCGAGAGAGCAAAGGAAUUCCGUUUUAACUUUUCAGAGGUUUUACAAGGUAAACUUUCAGCGUAUGACGCAGACGGCGACGGCGACUUCGAUGUGGAGGACGCCAAAGUACUACUCGAUGAAAAAGAGAUCAAAGUUCCUGCUCCCAAAAUGGAAAGGCUGAAAAAAGGACUGAAGGAGAGGCCGGUUUCUGUGUUGCUGAGGGAAGCCAAGGAGGAUUAUGCUGUGAAAGAACCAGAUGCUGCCCCCACUCCGGAUGAUGAUGUUGAUGGAUCUCAGAACACGGAUGUGGAAUCUGAAAUCCAAGCUGCUGUCCCUCUCCCUCCGAUAUCGGAUGAUUUUAUCCCAGAUGAUAGUAGAGAUGAAGCAACACAUCCUUAUGAGGAUGAAAACAAUGCCAUUGACACGAAAGGAGAAUUGGUUGAGAAGGCACAGCCACAGCAGACAGUAGAAGAGUCAAAGCAAUACAACAACCAACCAGGCUCCUACAACAACCAACCAGGCUCCCCGGAGACAAAGGAAACAGUACAACUGCGAUACAAUGCAGAGGCUGAAUCAGUCCCAGAACCGGAGGCUGACGUGGAACCAGAGGUGGAAUCUGUUCCGGAACCGGAGGCUGACGUGGAACCAGAGGUGGAAUCUGUUCCGGAACUGGAAGCUGAAUUUGUUCCAGAACUGAAAGCCAAAAAGAAGAAGCCCAAACUCCUGAAUAAAUUUGAGAAAACGAUCAAGACGGAGAUUGACGCUGCUGAGAAGUUACGUAAAAAGGGGAAAGUGGAAGAGGCUGUCCGGGCUUUUGAAACUCUAGUGCUGCAGUAUCCUCAGAGUCCCAGAUGUCGCUAUGGGAAAGCCCUGGCUGAGGAUGGCCUGGCAGAGAAGAUGCUCAGCAACGACAUGCUGCAGAAGGCCAUCGGCACAUACAAGGAGGCGUCAGAGCUGCCCAACGCCACACCUGACCUCAUCAAGGCCACACUGAAGAAACGGGCUGAGCGUCAGCAGUUCCUCGGUCGUAUGAGGGGUGCCUUGGCCACGUUGGAGAAACUGGUACAGAUCUUCCCUGAGGACAUGGCCCUGAAGAACGAUCUGGGCGUGGCCCACCUGCUCAUCGGAGACAACAACAGUGCCAAGAGGGUCUACGAGGAGGUGUUGGCCACUGCACCAAGUGACGGCUUUGCUAAAGUCCAUUACGGCUUCAUCCUCAAAUCAGAAAACAAGAUCGCAGAGAGCAUCCCAUUCCUCAGGGAUGGUUUGGAAUCAGGAGACCCUGGCACAGACGACGGCAGGUUUUACUUCCACCUCGGAGACGCUUUACAGAGAAUGGGAGACGACAGUGCCUACAAGUGGUAUGAGAGAGGGCACCAGAGAGGUCACUUUGCCUCCGUAUGGCAGCGAUCUCUUUAUAAUGUGGACGGUCUCAAAGCCCAGCCAUGGUGGACGCCCAAGGACACUGGAUAUAUGGAUCUAGUCAAGACCCUGGAGAGGAACUGGAGGAUCAUCAGGGACGAGGCCCAGUCUGUGAUGGAUAAAACCACUGGCCUCUUUGUUCCAGAGGAGGAGAACCUCAGAGAAAAAGGGGAGUGGGGCCAGUUCACCCUCUGGCAGCAAGGCAAGAAGGCAGGGGAGUCCUGCCGCAGUGUUCCAAAGACCUGUGGCCUGUUGGAGCGCUACCCAGAGGCUACAGGCUGCAAGAGAGGACAGAUCAAGUUCUCGGUGAUGCAGCCUGGUACUCACGUCUGGCCCCACACGGGGCCCACCAACUGUCGCCUGCGCAUGCACCUGGGCCUGGUCAUCCCCAAGACGGGCUGCAAGAUCAGGUGCACCAACGAUACCAGGGCUUGGGAGGAGGGGAAAGUGCUCAUCUUUGAUGAUUCCUUUGAGCAUGAGGUGUGGCAGGACGCCGACAGUUACCGGCUCAUCUUCAUCGUGGACGUGUGGCACCCCGAGCUCACCCAGUACCAACGGCAGACUCUAUCCCCCAUUUAGACUGUCCGACAGACUGACUGACAGGUCCAAGGUAUCUGUCAACCCAUUCCCUCACAAGUAUUGACCCCACAGCCAGCCAUUUUAGGUCAAAUGGGACAAUUGUGACACUUGCCUCUGCUCAGUCCAGGGUGCCAUUUUGGCUCCAUCUUGAAGAGUUACUAAAGGCCCUCUCAGAUUGGAAAAAGCCUUACAACGACCCUUGGGAACACUGACUGCUAACUGUGGUACUCGCCAAGUAGGUUUUUAGGCAUAAAUGUGAUUUUUUUUUUAUAACGUUAAGGUGUGGGUUGAAUAUCAUGUAGGUUGUGUUGUAAAUUUGUCACAAGUGCAUUUUUGUUUUCAUUAGGGAACCGAAGUGCUAUAUGUCUGAAACAUACCUAACAUACGGUAACCGCACGAAGCUGUACUAUUGCAGUUAUUGACUUUACUGUUGGACACUUACUGAUACUUAAAAUGGAUAGUUUUUCAGGUGUUUACCCCGAUCUUAAUGAAUUUCUUACCUCAAGAAAAUGUAUUUGAUUACUUUUGAGGUAAGUAAAUGAUAUGGGUUAAAACACAGAAAACGAUCCCUUUUUAAGAUGUUGCUAAGCUAGCUAAACUUCUGCUAGCUGAAAAGUGGGAACCUAAAUCUGUUGUUUCUCUAACGUGAUUUGUGAAUAUAUGUCCUGUAAUUUCCAUAACUUUAUAAAGUAACCUGCCUCUUACUGUAUUUGGGGGGGGGGGGGGGGCGGGAUUGUAAUACAGACACACUGCUUAUUAGGCCAUUCCAUUUCACUUGUAGGAUUUUCGCAUGUCUCUUUGGAUCAAUGAAUAGGAAAUCACAAUGCCAAGAAUGUUUUUAUUGCAGAAUUAAUAUUGCCAAGAAUCUUGACUGAUACAUCUUAUUUUUGUAUGCUAACAAUAUACACUAUUUUGAACUGCGCCUUGACCUAGGAGCGCACACACAUUCUACUCAACAGGUUUGUCUUUUGGCAUUUAACAUCUUACAAUGUGUGUAUUUACAUUCUUAAAUGUGUCAAAUAUGAACACGUGACUGAAGGCAUGUAUUUGUCAGAUACAUAAACAUUUUAUGUUUUAUAAAAUUACAAUUUCCCUGUGUAAAACUUGAGCAGGAGCAUGUCGACUGUAUGCAAGACUUGUCACACGGCAUUCCAUACCUGGGUCAAAUACUUCCGCUGCGCUUCAUUUAGUUUGCCUUGUACAAUGGAGCCAAUGGAACAGUCCCUAAAAGGAGAACCCCAGGCUAAAUCAAGCUACACAUGAAAGUAUUGGACACAGGUCUACUCCAUUCCAUGUAUAGCAGAGCUGAUUAGAGGGGUUUUGCCUGACCAAUGUUGUUGAUAUUCAAAAGAAAAAUGCCAAAGCAUGUUCUUCUAGAUAUGUUAUGUAAUCAUUCUCUGUGAGCAUUGGUAGUCAGCUUCACUGCAGCAAUGAAAUGCACCUCUCCGGUGUAUGUGACAAUAACAUAUAUAUCAUGUCCAAAUCAGACCGGUGGUAUUAUGCAGCGUUCAUGUGCUAUUAGAAACUCUGGACCGACAAAUUCUUGGCAAUCCCAGGGACUCGUCAAAACUACGAGUUUGAGGUCCCAAACUGUUCAUAAUGAGCUUCCAAGUGAGAAAUAUGUGUGGGAAACUUGGCUAACAUAAUUUUACCUCUACUUCAGAGGAGCAUGUGAACACACAUUCCAAAGGGAUGGAGUCAAAACCUUAGGCUCAUUGGAUUGCCUUUCAACAUGGUCAUGGUCAUUGGUGUCUUGGGGGUAUUUGUGGUUAUCAGUUUGUGUUAUGACGAUGACACAUUCAAGCUAUCUCCUCCAUGCUUCAAAUGAUUCCCUUAGUUACAAGGGUAACAAAUCCAGCACCUUUACAAAGCCACGUUGUUUGAGAUUUCACCUUUUGUGGUCCUCUGUUAUGAAUUGUUAUCACUCAUCUUAGGAAGUUAAUACUUUUAUGGUGUUGAAAUCACUGAGCUGUUGAAACUGGCCUGCCAAAUAAGUCAUGUUUCUUUCAAUUCUAUUUUGUGUGUUGUAAUCAGUUACUAUUAAGAAUUGUAAAGCUUUUUUUUUCCAGUAAAUUAAACAAUUUGGUCAAAAUGGUGUCACGUGA